AUGAAGCUCAAUAAUAGCUUCCUCAGAACCAUCCUUCCAGCAAGUACCCUCUUCCUACCGGCCUUAGGCGCUCCUCAAGGAUUACCUGCAGCGCUUCCGCUCCUCGUAGGCUUAUAUCCCCAGGUCAAGUACGGCGGAGGCACAUACUACGCUGCGAGUGGACCAUACUCCACCUGUCUCAGCAUCCCAACGAACCUCCAGACCGUUAUCCAGUCGGUCAAACUCCGACCGAACGUCAAGCAAUGUACCUUUUAUGGCAACGCGGACUGCACGAAAGUGAAGGGAAAAUACGAGACGCAUAGGAAAGAUCAGCCGGGUGUUACUUUAUCUCCUAUCUUGACUAUCAAAUGUACCAAAGGUUGA